GCAAAGUGCAAACCCUUCCUCCCAAAAUCUCACUCUCUUCCUAUUCCUCCAUUUUCCAAACCCCUCUCUCUCUCUCUCUCUUUCUCUCCCUCCCAGAUAUAUACAAAACCCUCAAUUUAAACAUGGGUGUGUGACAGUUCAUCGCCAUUAAAGGCUUAACCUCCAAUCCAACCUCAUCCCCAUUCCAACUUGUUUAUUUAUGAGAAACACCCAAUCAAAAAUCAUAACCCACCCACUAUAUAAAUCAAAAGGCAUCAAAAACCCAUCUCAAUUUUUCAACCAAAAAACCACACACCCUUCACAAAAUUACCUCUCCAAUUCCGCAAAACAAAAAAAAGAAACACAUCUCUGGAGCAGAAGAUGUCUGCUUCUGGGGUUCUCUUUUCUCUCUUCCUUCUCCUCUUCUUCUACUUCUUCAGUCUCGGUGAAGUAAGAUUUGCUCAAGUGGAGGCAAAUGGGGUAGUGGGAAAGAAUGGCACGGCGGCGGCGGUGGCGGAAAUGGUGCCGAUGAUUGGGGCGGAGAGGGUAGUGAUGGUGAAUGAGAGCAGGAGGAAGUUGGGCAGCUUCCAGAUCUGUGCAUUGUGCACUUGCUGUGGUGGGGCCAAAGGUUACUGCUUGCCUACUCCUUGUUGCUACGCCAUUAAUUGCAACAUACCAAACAGGCCCUUUGGUUUCUGUUCCUUCACCCCCAAGACCUGCAAUUGUUUUGGUUGUCAUCUCUAAAACUCUUUCUUUCUCUCUCUUUCUCUAUUUAAUCUAGUUUUUAUGCUUAAUUAAAUUUAGGGUUCUUGAUAUAUCUAUUGGAUGAGUGUGAAUGAGAAGAAUAUUUGUUCUUUUUAUUAUUUGUUUAUAAUUAUUUGGGGACAGCUAUUUUCAAGUGAGUUCUUGCUACUUUUAGAACUGAUAAUAAUAAUGUCUAUUUGUCGCUUAGGGGACUUGUUUU